AUGGGCAAUGUUCCUUCGGACAAGACACCCGACGGGACAGACCCGGUAUCAGAAUCAAAUGUGUCCAGACCGAGUACGUCCCCCGCUCCACCCUCGCGACCUUCCAAUGUCAGAUACCAUUCCAGCUUCGGCGAUACUCGAUAUGGAACGACUCCUUCUUUAAACAUGGGCAAUAUGACAUACGCCCUUCCAGGCCAGCAAGGCUCGCCAUAUGAGCCGCCAAUACACCAGUAUCCGGCAGCGCACGGGCAAGGGAUGAUGUACUCCAUGUCAAUGGCUCCCUAUGGACACAAUCCCGGAUCCAUGGCAUAUGGGGUGCCUUUUCCAGUUUAUCCACCGUACGCAAUCCCGACACAUCCAGGAUCUGCUCAGCAUGGACAUCCUUACCAGCCAUAUGCAAUCCAAAUGCCAAACGUUGCUUCCGGCCAAACAUCUCCAUACAGCUCUGGCUACUACCCUCAUUCGCCAUACAGUGCCCACUAUGGACAUGGAAUGCACCUUGGUCAAAUCGCUCAAGUUGGAUCCCCAGUCCGUACACACACCAACUCACCAUUGAACCCGAGCUCUUCACGCAAAGAAACCGAGAAACGGAUGACCGACCUGGAAUAUGAUGUCUCUAAGACUAUCGUGGAUGGUUCAAAUCCUAUGAAACCAGGGCAGGCCCAACCGCUGCUUUCCGACGAUUUCCCCUCACAAUCCACCCCGUCCGCUCCGAGCACUCCACGAGGCCCACCCCGAAAGCCCAAGCAAUCAGGCCAUGCACUAUGGGUUGGAAAUCUUCCCCCUGGGGCCAAUGUCAUGGAUCUCAAGGACCAUUUCUCGCAGGAUGCAACGAACGACAUUGAAAGUGUAUUCCUGAUUUCUAAAAGUAAUUGUGCUUUCGUGAACUACAAGUCAGCUGCUGCCUGUGUCGCAGCCCUGGCGAGAUUCCACGACUCUCGAUUCCAAGGUGUGCGUGUUGUCUGUCGAUUGCGAAAGGGAUUCACUGCUCCGGGUUCCGGAUCUGUCAGUGUGGUAAGUUCCACGGUGAACUACCCUUCUCGGUCAUGCUUCGAGGAUCUUCCUAUGCCUCCGCCUGCGGAGUCGAGUGAAAACCUUCCAAUGACACCGGAGGUCAGCUCGGCAGCGCCUGCUACGGGUAACCAUCCGGCAUCGGCCCGACUGGUUGAUCGUUACUUUAUAGUCAAAAGCUUGACAGUGGAUGAUCUCGAAUUGAGCAAGCAAAGUGGGAUCUGGGCUACGCAGUCACACAAUGAGGCGGCGAUGAAUCAGGCUUACGAGACGGCCGAUCAAGUUUAUUUGAUCUUUUCGGCCAAUAAGUCUGGUGAGUAUUUUGGAUACGCGCGGAUGAUGUCGCCGAUCAGCGACGACGAAGAGCUCGCGUUAGAAAUGCCCUUACGGCCCGAGCCUCCACCCGGGCCCGACGACCUCAACGUGACCUUGACUGCCGCAACCUCGACAGCGCCUCAAGGCCGCAUCAUUGACGAUUCUGCACGGGGGACCAUCUUUUGGGAAGUUGAAUCAUCGGAGGACGAAACCGACGAUGCGCGCAGCGAGAAGAGCGCUGAGCCCGAGGAUCCGGAAGAGGGCCAGACUUUUGGCAAACCAUUUCGCAUUGAAUGGGUUUCGACCGAGCGAGUGCCUUUUCAUCGCACUCGUGGGCUACGUAACCCGUGGAAUGCCAAUCGGGAGAUCAAAAUCGCCCGUGACGGUACCGAAAUCGAGCCGACGAUCGGCCGCAAGUUGAUUCAGCUUUUCCAUUUGCCUCCCGCUUAA